AUGAGAGGAGAGGAGAGCACGGAAAGAGGACAGAGAUAGAUAGAGAGAGAGAGUCAGGGGGGAGAAACAGAGAAUUUUAGAGAGAGAGAAGGGAGAAGAAGAAGGAGAGGGGAAGGACUAGGUGGAGAUAAGUGAGAGCAGAGCGCAAAAGGGAGAGGAGAUAGAUCUUCCCUACUGGAAGGAAUUUCUCCACCUCCGAUUGUGUGUAGGAUAUCGCCGGCUCAAUUAGCGUCUCUCUGAAUUCCUCGCCGGUUCCGGCGACACAGAGAAAUCCGCCAUUUGUGCCGACCAGUGAUGCUCGGUUUCCGGUGAUGUGAGAUGCGAUUCAGCUCCUACACCUUUUCUGUUUGUUAACACCUUAUCACAACGCCAGAUAUGGACAGAAACAGAGAACCUAGACGAGUGGCCAUGGCGGUGAGCAACGGCUUGAACCGGCGGCGACAUAGGAGUAACAGCCUCAGAGACUCUCCAGAGGACGACGGACCUGUAGAGUUGCCGGAGACGGUGAGGCUGCGAGAUCGGGGGAUUGGUAAAAAGGAUCGAGAUCGGGAACGGGACAGAGAACGGGAGAGGGAGCGAGAUCGUGAACGGGACAGAGAGCGGGAUAGAGAUCGGAUGAGCAGCCGGAGCAAGCGCCGGCGAGGAGACCGGUUGAUGCACGGCAGCAUCAGAGAAGAUGCCGGCGAUGAAACGACGGAAGAGAGUGUAAACGACGAUGAGGAGGAGGACGACGAUGACGGAGGCGGAGGCGUGGGCGCCGCCAGCUCCCUGAGGAUGUUACCUCCGAAUCCAUCGUCACUCUCUUCUUCUUCUUUGUCAAAUCACCAUCACCAGCACCACCAUCGGAAGAGCUUUCCGCCUCCGGCUAAAGUUUUUAGGGCUUCUCCGGUCGUUACGGCGACUCCUUGGAAGGCUCCCGAUGAGAUGAUUGGGGUGUCGGUGCCUAGAAAAGCUCGGUCAGCUUGUACAAAGAGGUCUCAUGAACCUUGGGCUUCAAGCGGUGGAGUCGGUGCAGAGCAAAUUCAUCGGCAAGCUUCGCAAUCUCCGGUGAGAUCCAGUGGACAAGGGAUUUUGGCUUCAGCGUCCCCUUCCCCUGCUCCGCUCUCACCUUCUUCUUCUAACGCUUCAGCUAAGAAGAAGAUGGCCAAUGGCCAGAAGCAGAAGCCGCCGAAGUCAUCAUCAAAAUCUACUUCCUCAGCUCAAGACGAGAUUGAGAUUGAGAUCGCAGAAGUGUUGUACGGACUGAUGAGGCAGCCUCAGGGUCCUUCAAAGCAAGAAACCAUGCCUCCCACCGCCGAUUUGAAAGAAGUCAACAACAGGCCAAACACCGAUGCCAAAUCCAGAGUCUCAUCGCCGAUCUACAACUCGUCGGCCACUUUGCCUCAACCUUCUUCGGCCCCACCACUAACUAAUUCUACCUCUUCUGCUACAACCAUAUCUGCAACUGCCCCCAAGAGGAAGAGACCUCGGCCAGUGAAGUACGACGAUGAGACCCCAUCGAUAUUCACUGUUCGGAGCAGCUCUCUCCCUCAGCCAAACAAGGUUGAUUCCGAUCAUCCUGCAAAAAUAGAGGCAUCGACUUCCAUGCUGGACAAGAGUCGAGUUGCGGUAGCUGAAAAUGGUGGUGCCGUAUGCAAAUCAUCUUUGAGUCACGCGGCGGCGGCAACGACGCCCCCUGCAGAUCAGUUCCCGGAAUCAGCGAAGGCCGACAUCAACAGCAUUUUGUCCAAUUCGAAGCCACCGUUGACUGGCGAAUCAGAUGCUAGAGAUAUGGUGGAGUCGAAAGAGGAGCCCCGAUCGCCGUUUAAAGAAUCUGCUUCCUCUGCUCAUAGAUUGGACGACGAUCGCGAGAAUUCUGUGGCCGUGAAACCAGAUUCAGCAGUUAUCGAGCCUGAGAAUCCACGUGAAGAGAAGUUUCAGAUAGAUCUGAUGCAGGCUCCUCCUCCGUCAAGAUCAUCACCAGAAAGGGACAGUGAAGUUAAUUUUGUGGCUGUAGAUCCUAAACCAGUGGUCACAGAUGGUGAAACGGAGACGAAGCCAGCGGUCAAAGAAGAUGAGAAAGCGGUGAAAAUUGUGAAGGAGGAUGUAAAUGUGGAGCCAGAAGAGAAAAGGAUGAAAGUUACUGCAUCAGGAGAUGUUGAUUCUCAGAAACCAGGUAGAGAUUAUAGUAAAGAGAAGAAUAUUGAUCUCCAGCUUGAUUUGGCGAGGCCAGAGAGGGAUAAUGGCAAUUCUUCAAUCAGUGGGAACAAGUUGCAUCUUCAUCCCCAGAAACAACAGCAGCCACAAACCAUCUCCGAGAAAGCUACCCAAUCAUCCACUCUACCUUUGCCAAUGUCUAUGGCCAGCUGGCCUGGUGCGAUUCCACACAUGGGCAGGUACAUGGCACCUUUACAAGGCGUUGUAUCCAUGGAUGGGAACCCAGUCACUCCUACCCCGAUGCAGCCUCCCCAUUUGCUUUACGGCCAUAACCCUCCACCGACUCGGCCAAAGAGGUGUGCAACACAUUGCUACAUUGCACGUACGAUUCAGUAUCACCAGCAAUGUACGAGGCUUACUUCUUUCUGGCCUGCUGCUGCCGCUGCUGGGUCUACUCUUCCAUUGCCAUAUGGAGGAGCCAAAGCCUUAAAUGCUGUCCCGGCCCCCGAUCUGCACUCUGGAAGGGGGUUGAAUCCCGUGCAAGACAAGGGACAACAGGGUAUUGCUAUCUUCCCUGGUCACUCUGGGAAAGACAAGCCCCCUCAAGCUGCUGCUGCAGGUAAUGCUGUGGACACUGCUCAGAGAAAGCAACAGAUUAUGCUUCAGCAGGCAUUGCCAUCUGGAGCAUCAAGCAAUAUUCUGCAUGGUCCUGCUUUCAUAUUUCCUCUAAGUCAGCAGCAGGCAGGAGCUGCAGCAGCUUCAGCCCGUCCUGGCACUGUUAAGUCACCUCCUGCACUACAAGGUUCUGCAUCUUCGGCAAGUGCAACUGCUGCUCCUCCUUCAGUUACCAAUGCUGCAACAGCAAUGGCAGGAGCUGCUGCAGCAAUGAGCUUUAGCUACCCUAAUAUGCCUGCCAGUGAGACUCAGUACUUGGCGUUUCUGCAGAACGGUGCGUACCAAAUUCCUAUUCCGGCACAUGUUGGGGCUGCAGCAUGUUACAGAGGAACACCUCCUUUGCCCUUCUUCAAUGGGUCUUUCUACUCUUCCCAAAUGAUUCACCCUUCACAGCUUCAGCAUCAACAACAACAACAGCAGCAGCAACAACAACAACAACAACAGCAACAACAGCAAACAUCUCAUGCACAGCAAAACCAGCAGGGUCACCAAAACCCUAGUGGCAUGUCUAGUGGUUCUUCAUCGUCCCAAAAACAUUUGCAGAAUCAGCAGCAGCAGCAGAGAUCGUCACAUGGUCCUGCUGUCAAUGUUGGCAAUGGAGGAAAUCUGCAGAGCUUCCCUGUUCCCAAAAACCAGCCAUCACAGCUGUCACUACAGCAGCUUCAGCAGAGGCAGCAGCAGAUUCAGAACCAGACUUUCCCACAUCAUCAAGGGCGGCAACUAGAGAAUGAAAUGGGCGGGGAGGACAGUCCGUCCACAGCCGACAGCAGCCGAACCUCCUCCAGACCAAACAUGACAAUGUAUGGGCAGAGUUUCUCGAUGCCAAUGCACCCGCCUAACUUUGCUAUGAUGGCACCUGCAUCAAUGGGAGGAGGGAUGAGUGGUAGUAGCACUGGUGGGAACAACCCGAGCGAGAAGAAAUCGUCCCAGCAACAACAAAAUAAUCAUGGGUCCAAAGCUGGUGGAGCUGAAGCCUUGCAAUCACAGGCUUUUGCCAUGUCUUUUGGGUCCAUCAGUGGCGCCAUGACUACUCCUGGCCUUGACAUGUCCUCUUUGGCACAUAAUCACCCACUUUUCCAGAACCUAUCUGAGUCUACGAGACAGGGGUAUCAGUUCAUGGCAGCUGCUGCGGCUGCCCAAGCAGCACAGCAUAGUAAGAAGAAUAACAAUAACUACCGUGUUUCUGAGGAUGGUAAGAGUGGAGGGAACAAUGGAACUCAUAUGGAGGAAGACAGAAAGGUCAUGGUGGGAGGACCGAAGGCCCCUGCUCCAGGACAGUCAAUAGCUUUCUCAAGGACAGAUUUGUCAGAUUCAUCCAACAGUGUAAUGGAUAGCUCUGCCAGGACUUUGAACAUUGGUUCCUCUGCUGCUCGGGCGCCUGGUGUGCAGCAGCAAUUGCACAGAAAUCAGCACCAGCAGCAACACCACCAUAUACAGCAACAACAGCAGCAGAUGAUGCAGCUUCACAAGCAGCAGCAGCAGCAGCAGCAGAUUGCCGCUGCAGCAGCUUCUGGCCGGAACAAACCCCCUUCCAGCAACGGAAACCUUUAUCCAGACCACAUGCCUCCAUCAAUUGCAGCUAAGUUUCCUAAUGCAAUGUCUGCAUUUCCUCAGAAUUUCCAGACUGGUAGUAGCCCUGCUGGUCAAAGCCCUCAGUGGAAGAACUCUGUGAGGCCAGCUGCUCCUUCCUCGUCAUUCAACUCGCCAAGUUCAUCAUCAUCACUUAAACAGCUGCCACAACAGCAGAGCAGCCGAGGUGGGCAACCGGGAGGUCAUACCCAAAUAUCCUUUGCAUCCAAUCCUAAGCAACAGUCAUCGACAUUGCAGCAACAACAACAACCACCUCCAAGUGGUAGCAAUCAUUCUCCAUCUCCACCAGUAAUGGUGGGUUCUCCCACCACGUCGUCUAUCUCCAAAGGUGGUGCUGGUGGAAGUCCAAGGACAACUUCAACGUCAAACAGUAACAAAGGUGGGCAACAACAGUCUUCUCAGCAGGGAAAGAACUCGCAUUCCCAUUCUCCAUCGGUGGGUACCCAAAAAUCUUCAUCAGCCGCGGGAGGAAACAUUCCAUCCAUCCUUGGCCAUCCUCAUAACACUCAGACGUCAACCACCAGCUCAAGGGCUCAACAACAACUGUCCCAGCAGCAGCAACAGCAUCUGCCUAAGAUGCAAGCACAGUUACUGUAUAACGCUGCUUUCAUGCAGGCACAAGCUCAGCAACAGCACCACGCUCAACAAAACAACACUGCAGCCUCAGCAUCUCCAACGAGCGGGUUCUAUCUCCAGAGACAUCGUGGCGACCAACAACAGCAGCAGGGAUCGACGCCUCCGCCCUCGUCGUCAGGGAUGCUGUCAUUGUGCCCACCGACCAGCCUUGCCAACUCUCCGACGACCGACCCUGCAAAGUCAGCUGCUGCUGCUGCUGCUAACAACAUGAAGGGUGGUGGUGGUGGUGGGGUGUUGCCAAUGCAUGCACAGUUUGCUGGCGCGGCAGCUUCGUCGGGGAAGGGGGGACUCCAGGUUGGUCCUGGUGGGGGUUUCUCGUACGUGCAGCAUUCUGUCCCGGCUGGUGUGCAGGUGAAGCCGGCAGAGCAGAAGCAGCAAGCUGGUGAGUAAAAGUAAACCCCCUGCUGCUGUAUUUAUUUUGCUUCCCAGAAAGAAAGAAAGAAAGAAGGAAAGUAUCCGCCCCUGCAUCACCUCGCCGGAAGUUGGUGUUGCUCUCUGGUCUGGUCGAGGGGGAAUGGAAGGAAGGAAAGAUGGUGGUAGUUGAGAAUAUAAUAAGAUUUUGGAAGGAGAAAGAGUUUUGAGAAGAGAAACUCUUUUCUCAGUGUUGAUAAAGAAUGACUGAAUGGGAAGGGAUCUAAUCUUUUAAUUUGAUUGGAAGAGAUGGAUGAAGAAGAGAGUGAAGCAGCAGGGCAGUGGUCUCUUACUUGUCCUGGGAUUGUUUGUAACGAGGUGUUGUUGGUUUCUUCUUCUUCUUCUUCUUCUUCUUCUCCUAGAGUUGUUGGUUUUUGAUGUUGCAGAUAAUAGAAGAAGAGGAAUUAGGCAGGGUAGUUUUUUUUUCUUCCCUUGUCAAGCAAGCACAAUUCUCCUUUUUGUUGAUUAGUGUUAGUAUUAUAAAUAUUUUAUUUAAUGAUAUUAGAUUGAUUAUUGUAAUGAGGAAACAGGUAUGAAAAUGGAGCAAGUGGAAACAGGCAUGUUGAAAAGAGAAAUGUGGAGGCAGAUAUGAUGACGAUGAUUGAUAAGAAGAGAGUUUGACAUGUUGUUUGGUAAUUUGUAGGGUUUGGUUGAAUGCUCUGCAAAUCUGUUUAGUGGUAGUGGGAUUGUGAAAGAAAGGUGUAGCCUUUGAGGUUAAAGGAAUUUGACGAACAAGUGGUUGGUUUUAAAAUGGUGUGGGGGCCAGACAGGGAAUAGAAAAAACAAAGGGUAGGGUAGGUUUGUAGUUGGAAAAGAAAAGGGAAAGAGAAAAGGUGGAGAUGAGGCAAAAAAUUUGAAGAUUAAUGACGAUGAUGAUGUCCACGUGGCGCUUCUCUACUUGAUUAUAUCUAAUUAAUUAAUCCC